CGCGUGGGCUCCGCGAUUCCCGCGAAAGGGGAGCAAAAAUGGCCGACGAGAGUUCGGAAAAUGUUGAAAUGGAUUAUGAAGAUUCGCAUUCUGAAACCUCGUCGGAUGAAAGUAUAGCCGAAAUAACAGAAUGCGUUGAAGAAGAAGAAUUAGACAGUAAACAGUAAGUUUUAAACGUAAUAUGAACGUUAUUUUAGCUUGUUAUUUACGUUUUUACCGGCCAAGAAAUUUAGUCAAAACAUGCUUACAUGCGUAUUUUAUUGAGGAAAUAAUUUUUAUCUUUACUUUUAAGGCUAGCAGAGAAGAAAAAAGAGGCGGGAAAUGGAGCUUACUUGGCAAAAGAUUAUAAAUCGGCUAUAAAGUUCUAUUCUGAAGCUAUUGGUAUAACGUUUUAUCUUGUAUAAGUUAUCAUAUAUAUAAAACGAUCUUAGUACUAGAUAAAAUUAAGUUAAUUAAUAUAUUUCCACCGUAAAAAAUGAUUUGAUAAAGUAUUACGAUACAAAUAAUAAAGUAUUGUGCAUUGACUAGAACAUAAAUUAGCCAGUUAUUUUAAGUUGAGUUAAAAAUUGGGUAUUUAUAAAUGGCUGUAGGAAUAUUAACUCCAAGAAGCAUAGUAGGGAUCACCUGUCAUUUUUUAUGGGCUAUUGCUUUAUUUAUUAUAACAAAACUUUCUAGAACUGGACAAGACUUGCGCACCUUAUUACGGAAAUCGUUCCGCGGCAUAUCUAAUGAUAAAAGAUUACAAUUGUGCACUGGAUGAUGCUAAGAUUGCUAUACAAUUAGAUGAAAAUUACAUAAAGGUAUAGUCUACUAAUUCUCAUAAUGAAAUUAAAUAAAAGGCAUUCAUUAAUAUUUACAUCACAGCUGAUCCUGAAAGCCAUAAGUACUGUAUGUAAUUCAAAAUGGUAAUACAUCUUCACAGGUUUAUUCUUGGGAUAUUUUUGCUUGGUCUGUUAUGAGGGUGUUGAUGGGGUAUAUCCACGGUGGGCAUAAAAGACAGCGAAUUUGGCCAAGUACAUAUAACUUUCUCUCGUUAGUUUGGAAUAUCACGAAACUCCCUCACAGGAUAGAACUUAACAUUCCUAGAAAUCGUAUGUUUUUUGUUUUUCGAUUUUGUUAUAUUUUGGCGUGAAAAUGACGUGCCAACUUUGGCGCCAAAAAAUUAAACACGAACUAAGAACAUGCUAGUAACUUUUUCGAAAAGAUUGUCCUAUAAGGAUCUCAAAACUGUAAAAACAUUAAAAAUACAACAAGGCAGUGCAAAGAUAUGGCGAUUCAAAGUUAUAUUUUUACUGAAAAAUCAGCCAUUUUGUUACUAAAAAUAGAUUUUUUUCGAAACUUUGAAUCGCCAUAUCUUCGCACUGCCUUGUUGUAUUUUUAAUGUUUUUACAAUUUUGAGAUCCUUAUAGGACAAUCUUUUCGAAAAAGUUACUAGCAUGUUCUUAGCUCGUGUUUAUUUUUUUUGCGCCAAAGUUGGCACGUCAUUUUCCCGCCAAAAUGUAACAAAAUCGAAAAACAAAAAACAUACGAUUUCUAGGAAUGUUAAGUUCUAUCCUGUGAGGGAGUUUCGUGAUAUUCCAAACUAACGAGAGAAAGUUAUAUGUACUUGGCCAAAUUCGCUGUCUUUUAUGUCCACCGUGAUUGUGAGUCGUGAUUCACUCAAUUUUGGUUACCAUCAGUUGUGAAAACACUAAAAAUUUACCAUGAAGCGUGAGGGAAAAAAAUACUGUUUAUCAUUUCAGAACACUUUUCAAAGAUUUGCCGUUAAAAUACCAAAACUUUUACCGUUUACUGAUUUUCAGACCCCCCAUCUAGACCCUCUGUUAUUGCAUGCCAAAGGCUAUGAGACACACUAGGGGGUCCCUGAAAAAUAUUUUUGAAAUCUAGAGUCCCUGAAAUGCAAUUUCAAGCAUUUUUGGGGUGAUAUUUUGCACAAUUUCACACAUCGAAGACAUGAUUUAUCAUGGUCUCGUGAAUUCUUAUAAUGAUAGUUGAGUUUGCAUUUUUAUAACGUGUACCCCCCCCCCCCAAAAAAAAACAACAAAGAAAGAAUGGUUUUUGUGGUGAUUGAUUGGGGGGAGGCAGAUGUAAUGGACCUGUUGGAGGCAAUUAUUUUUUUCUUCCUGUAGGCAUAUUUUAGGAUUGCAAGAUGUAAUCUUGCUCAAGGUUCAACCGAGUCUGCUGGAAGGGCAUUGGCAAAGGCCAAGGAAAUAGAUCCACAUAAUAAGACUUUAGCUAAUGAGGUAAAAAAAAUUAUACCAGCACUCGGAAAAGUAUCAAAAUUGAGGUUGGCAAAAAUGCCGACCUAAGUCUGACCUCAAGUUGUUGACCUGGGACGUGAUAUAAUUUGUGCCUGACACUCUGUGGUGAAUCGUGUCAUGACGGAAAGUUUUCACAUGAAAUUUUCAAUGACCGGUUCUUUGAAAAAGUAAUUUAUAAUACAGUGUGUGCUGUAUAGCUAGCUUUGCUUACUUUUAAAAACAGAUAUAUUCACAGUAUUUAAUGUAUCUUUCAUGUUUCAUCAAUAUAAUUGUAGCAGUAUCGCUGUACCAGACAUACUGUCCGGUGAGAAAAGCAUUUUGCCGGACAUUUGCCCUUUUCAUCAUGUUGGACAGUGUCCGUGUUGGAUCGCUUAUUUUCAGGCUUGGCUUGAAAUAAGAUUCCCAAAGUUCUUGAUCAUGGUGAUUGGCAGUCAUGACUUUCUCUGCGUUUCCUGAUUGAAAACUCUGUUUUUCCGGCGAUCAUAAACAAUUUCUUGCCGAUCAUUUAUCGCUGAUUGGCUGCUAUUACAAGCCCUGGCAAUUUAAUGGUUUUAUGUAUUUUAGUAUUUGAGAGUUCAUCAAAUACAACAAUUUGAAGCUGACGCAUUCGAAGCUCACGAUAAAGAAGAUUAUCGAAAGGUGUUUGUCAUACUGCGUCAUUUAGUGUUUUGUAAAUUCUUGUACUAUAAUAUUGUUACUUGAGCUUUAAUGCAUUAUUACCUGUUAUCCCUAUAUAAAACAAAUACUAUAAUCCAUGUUUCAGGUGAUAUUUUGUACCAGACGUCUGUUAGAAUUAUCCCCUGAUUGUGACUUAUACAAAGUAUUGAGAGCGGAAUCUCUCGCUUUGAUGAAGAAAUAUAGCGAAGCUGAAGUUGAGGCCAAGUAAGGCAUUGGUUAAAAUAUUUUGUCUUAGAUCACCUAUGUUAUACUUGGGUCUGUGUGUGGUAGCUGACAUGCUCCAAGUCUCUCUUUCAUUGUUGUAUAGUAUCGAUCCACUAUAGUGUACAUUACAUGAGAAAGAGAGACUUGUCAACUUUGGAAAAUCUCAGUUCAAAACUGAAUCGAAAAUACAAGACUUGCUUAAUUGUUUUCUGUCGGUGUUUAUAUGUAUUGAUCAGGCACAGUGUAAAUAACAUGAGUUCCAUUAUAGUAAAUAAUACAGAAAGAAAUUGAAGGAAAACAAUUAAAGCAAGUCUUGCAUUUUCGGUUCAGUUUUGAACCGAGAUUUUCUGAAGUUGACAAGUCUCUUUUUCUCUCUCCAUCUCUCCGUGCCACGUUAUGUAAUGUACACUAUAGUGGAUCAAUACUAUUUGGCAAUGAAAGAGAGACUUGAUGAUGGUGCAUGUAGAAACCAGAAUUAGAACUGUUGGGGAUAUGACAGAUAUCCUCUAUAAAUAAAGUUGGUAUUAGGUUUCCUUCUGUAGUAAUCCAUUACUGGACACCCAUAAUAAUAACCCUUACUGGACUUCUAGGAAGAACAGUGUAGAACUAAUAUAGCUAUCCAGUAUAAACAUAGUUACAAUGAUGAAUUGUCUGCAUUUUGUAGCACUAUGCUGCGAGAAAAUAACAGAAAUGCUGAUGCACUGUAUGUUCGGGGGUUAUGCUUAUAUUAUCAGGUAAGUGAUGCAAACCUUUGCCUAAAGGUGGUCUGCAAUGUGAAAGGGUGUACCUUCUAGGGUCGGACAGUUCAGGGUAAAAACUGAACACUGUCUGAAAACCCACGAAAAAAACGAUGUUUUUUAAUGGAAAUUUCCUUAUGAAAAUUAAAAGGAAAUUUCAUAAAAUAGUGGAAAAAACACUGGGUAAAAAAAUAUGGCGGCCAUUUCAUUUGCGAAUUACGAAUAUUUCGGUCUUAUUAUAUUUUUGCUUCUACACACAUCUGAAAUAACCGAUGAUCCUCUAAUACUCUAUGCUUCACGCGCUGUUUUUGCAAGUUUCAAGUAUUUUCCCGAUUUUUUUCCGUUUUUUUUUUUUGUCAAAGAAAAAUCGAUUGAAUCCCGACCCUAGUUAUCUUAAAAAGUCUCAUUGAAAGACUGAAAGUAAGCAUUAAAUGAGGAAGCUCUUUUCGAUUGGGGGGGGGGUCUGAAAGCGAGGGCUGAAACCCCGAGGAAAUUUUUAAAUUUAGAGUCACUGAAAUGCCAUUUCCUGGACUUUGGGGAAGAUUUGACAGAAUUCUGAUGGUCACAAAACAGCAUUUUACUAUGUCGAAAUUUACAAUUUUAGUAGUACUAAAUAGGACCAAUAGGUGAAGGCAUAUCUAUAAUUAACUAUAUAUUGGAUAAGUUGCAAGAAAGUAUGGGUAAUAUCUUCAUUCUUUGCAGUUUGUCAUGGAUUAAAUGAUAAAGGUCUGCAUGACUUAGAAAAAACAAUGAUUAUUAGCAAAUUAUUGGGGGGGGGCUGCAGCCCCCCAGCCCCCCUCCCCCCCGGUUGCUACGGUUAAGGUGGAGUAGCGUCCACCUUAACUCUGUCUGUAAUGUAAGUGUUCCCCCUCCUAGUGAAGUAUCUGUUCUCAUCCCCAUUCCACUGUAAUUCACCAAUACCUCCUCCCCUGUGAAGACCCCCCCCCCUCGCUUAUAAAAUGUCCACUAUCCCCCUUUGAAAUCUGCAAUAACAGCCUUGUUAAAUAGAUCUGCAGUUUUCCCAGUAGUUACACAAGUGAUAUAUGAACUAUCACAGUCAGAUCUUCAGCCCUUCCAAAUCAAGUUGGUUCUACCUCUGUUUGUCAAAAUAUACCAGGUUACCAUUAGAUAUUUUCCCCUUAGGAUUAUGAAGAGCAAGCAUUUCAGUGUUUUUCCAGUGCUUUAAAAAUUGAUCCUGAUCAUAAAAAAGCAAAAGCGAUUCGGAAGGUAAGACAGUUUAUAUGACGCUUGGCAUAAUGUCAUGAGUGAAUUAACAUUAUUAACACUGUUUAGAACUGAUAGUUUAGUUUAGGUUCCAACUCUUAUUGGACUUCUAAGAAGAAUAGUUUAGCACUGAUAGAGCUAUCCAGUAUAAAUAAAGUUAGUUUAGUUUUCCUCCUGUAAUGAUAUUGGAUCGAUAAGACAUGACUCGUACUGAACUUCUAAGAAGAACAGUUCAAAACUGAUAGAGCUAUCCAGUAUAAAUACACUGUAGAGUUAGUUUAGUUUUCCUCCUGUAAUGAUACAGGAUAAAUAAGACGCGACUCUUACUGGACCUUUAGGAAGAACAGUUUUCAACUGAUAAAGCUAUCCAGUAUGAACUAUUACAAUGGAACAAUAAUUGACUCAUUUUCAUAUUUUUCGUUUUAAAACAGAAAGCAAAGUUAUUAAAGUCAACCAAAGAUGACGGAAACGAGGCUUACAAGACGGGGAACUUCCAAGAUGCGUAUGAUUUGUAUUCGAAAGCUUUGGCAAUUGAUCCUAACAAUGUUACAAUUUGUGCAAAAUUAUAUUACAAUAGGGGAAUCGUUGCAUCUAAGGUAAUGCUUAGAUUUAGUUUUAAUAACUUUAUUAUUUUAUGAACAACUUACACAGCCAGAAACACCACAGACUUGCUGCAAGUUGUGGAUUUCGCAGGCCUGCUGCAAGUUGUCAACAAGUUGCAGCAGGCUUGUUGACGUCAUCAACUUGCAGCAAGCCUAUUGAAAUCAGGCUUGCCGCAAGUUGACAUUUGCAGACUUGAUGCAAGUUGAUGAAACAACUUGCAUCAAGUCUACAAAUGUCAAUUUGCAGCAAGCCUGAUAGAACAACUUGCAGCAAGUCUGAUGAACACAUCAGAUCGAUUGAGAAAAUCAGGCUUACUGCAAGUUGUCAAUUUGCAGACCUGCUGCAACUUGCGCGUUUCUGGCCGUGUACCCGUGUCUUUUAAACUUCUUGAUUUUUCUUUCAAAGUUUUCAAGUACCUCAGGACUGUUGCAAGCAAACUAUUUAUGCAUCUCUCAAUUUUAUUUAUUUGCCUUCAAAUACAAAACUACUACAUAUAACAAAAUAACUCAUAUCAUUUUCUUUCUCAGAUAAUUGCAGGUUGACCACCAGCUGCUGCACGGUAGUGCUUAGUGAAAUCCAUCUUUUGAAAAAUUUUCCUUCCGUAUUUUUUUGUAGUUAAGUAAAAUGACAGAAGCUAUAGAUGAUUGCACAGAAGCGAUAAAUCUAGAUGGAAGUUAUUUAAAAGCUUAUUUGAAACGAGCAAAAUGGUAUGGGAAACAUUUGUAUUAUGGUACCAACUGACUACUUCAUGAGAAUUUUGAAAACCCAUGAGCCUGGCAGAUUAAUUAAGCGUUAAUCGCAGUGGUUAUUUAGAGCUACAGUAUUCGUCUGACAGAAAUAUUUUCCUCGUUCUUUAAACAUGCUGAAAUGAUGUUGGUAUUAGACAACAAUAAACUGUUGUGGUUUGUGUCUGAACUGUCUGAGAAAGAGAUCUCAGACGUGGUGGUCCAGUGUAGGUAGUAUUCUACAGUAAGCUUCUGUAGUUUGUGUCUGAAUUACCUGAAAAAGAUAUAUCAAACAUAUGGGGUCCGGUGUAGGGAGUGUUUUAUGCAAUAAGCUGCCGUGGUUUGUGUCGGAAAUAUCUGAAUAGACUGAAAAAGAUAUCUCAACCGUGGUGGUCCAGUGUAGCUGCUGUAGUUUGUUUCUGAAUUAUAGAAAGAUAUCUCAAACGUGUUCUACAAUGAGGGCCAUUAUGUAAACUACUGGGGAACCAGUAAUGAAUGCUACCCUCGUUCAAUUAUGUUUCUUACGUACGUACUUAAUAAGCUGCCGUGAUUUGUGUCUGAACUAUCUGAGAAAGAUAUCUCAAACGUGUGGUCCAGUAUAGAUAGUAUUCUACAGUAAGCUGCCCUGAUUUGUGUCUGAAUUACCUGAAAAAGAUAUCUCAAACAUGGGGCCCAGUGUAGGGAGUAUUUUAUGCAAUAAGCUGCCGUGGUUUGUAUCUGGACUCCACGUUUGAGAUAGGUUAUUUUGUACCAAUUUCAACAGUUACAUGGAGACGGAGAAAUUUGAAGAAGCAGUUCGAGACUAUGAAAAAGUGUGCAAAAUGAAUGGCUGUAGAGGUGCGUUGAUAUAUUUUUGAGAACGAUCAGUCAUCUUGCCAAGGCCCCCAGCUCAUAGAUGUUAAAUCGGUUUUAUGUCAUGUGUCAUGGUAUGGUGCAUGUGUCAUCUCUGUGGUCAGGUUUUAAUUCCUGUAUUAUGCAUAUGUCCAUAGGAGUGUUUCCUGGUCAAACGAGGAUGAGAAUUGAGAGUUUGCAUGAGAGUUUUCUCACCUCGUAUCCCGGUCAAACGAGAGCAACAUUUGUGUGAGACUUGAAUACUUGAACCUCCCCAGAGUUGAUGAGUGUUGAUCAGAGGUCAAACCCUAGUCUGCAAACCAGGCGCUUGUGGGCUUGGUACCUAGCGCCUGCUUUGCAGGCUAAUCAAACCCGAGCGAGAUAACGCUGGUAGAUAGGUUGCAGUGCCCAAACGAGUUUUGGCAACGCUUUGUUCUCGCUGCGUGCGUUUGUUUGUCUGUUAGUUUGUUAGGAAUCAUAAGCCUUGGUAUUUAUUCAAAAGUAAUAUGUCUCCGGGCUUGUGGUGCACUUGUUUCGCGCAUGCUCCAGGGCACCGCGCUGUAGUACUAUGUCUGGUAACAUUUAUGUCCUUAUUUGACAGAGCAUAAAAGUUUACUUCAAGAGGCGAAGCUAGAGUUGAAGAAAAGUAAACGAAAAGAUUACUAUAAAACACUUUCAUUGUCACAGACCUGUUCCGACUCGGAAAUCAAGAAAGCGUACAGACGAGAAGCAUUAAAACACCAUCCAGGUAUGAUAUACAGUACAGGCAGACUGAGGCAGUGAUUUUUGUUGAUGGAUAUUUCAACUGUGAAUUUUAUACAUUUCAGGGCUCGAAAUAACGUUCGCAACGUUCCCGAUCAUGGUGAUCGGCAAUGAGGACUUUUUGCCGAUCAAAUAAAAAUCUGGCCGAUCAGGAGCAAUUACCCCCAUUUCCUUCAAAAAAUUCUAAAUAUGCCAGUGGGCAUUGAAUACGCAUUUGAAGUUUAACUUUAUUUCAAAUUGAAGUUUAAAUCUAUGACAUUUGUGGACUUAUACACUACUAAUAGUGUAACUAUAUUUAACUAGUGCUUAAUAAACUUUAUUUUAUUAUAACACUUUUCAAGUUUUAAUUAUACCACUGCAUUUUUUCACACAAAAGCAAGAAACACACCAGCAUUAUCAAUUAAGAACUAAAACUUAUUAUUUUAUAUUAAAAGAGAAAAUCCUACUCAAAAAAUCCUAUCAAUUUGAAAUUAUUAUACACAGAUACGUUCGUCGUCAGCGGUUCGGAUUGCAGACUGUACUGUUGAAAAGACGACAACAUUUCGUGUAAAUUUGUUUUAAUAAAAGUAAAUUAAUUACUUUAGAGCGAGAAUAGUACUGCUGCCUUUCCUGUCGUAUGACUCGUAUCAACUAUACAAGAGCUUUUCGCGUGUUUUUAAAUGUGUUUUAUAUUACUUUUAUUUGUAAUGGUUUACACCUAACCAGGAACAGCUGCGAAAAAUGAAACUAUAGGUCCUCUGGUAGGAAUGGAACCUGCGAAUCGCAGGUCCACACAGUGUCUGUUUAGAUCUAUUACUGUCGUUCCAAUUGAAGUGUUGCUCAAAUAUUGAUUCAAUACAUUACCUCGGGCUGACCAAUUCAUUUGAUCAAGUUCCUCGAGAUAUUCAUAUACUUCCUGUGAAAGAGCCAAUUCCAAGUAUUUGAUCAUUUCUGGUCACUUCCUUUCUAUUUAUGAUUGGUUAGUUGCACAAACAACAAAGGUGAUUGGUGCAUUCAAACUAUUCAACAGGAAGUUUACAAUUCUACUAGGAAGUGUAUGAAUAUCUCGAGGAACUUGAUGAAAUGAAUUGGUCAGCCCGAGGUAAUGUAAUUGAAUCAAUAUUUGAGCAACACUUCAAUUGGAACGACAGUAUAAUAUUUAUUUUUUCUGUGUUGGUGUAAUGUACUCAGGUGAAUAUGAUGCUUGUGAUGUUACUCUGAGUGUAUAUCCACACUGAUUGAUAUCGAAGGAAAUAGAUUCUGUUCCGAAAUCUCACAUACUCGAACCGACCUGACCGCGUAGCUCAAUUGGCAGAGCAUUGGGCUAGUAUUCCAAAGGUCGUAGGUUCGAUUCCCACCGUGGCCAGGCAUAUUUUUCAAGCCUGCCCGGUGUGGAUAUACACUCAGAGUAACAUCACAAGCAUCGUUUAUUUUUUGUUUGUAUUUUCCAACUUUGCUGCUCAGUACUAUAUUAUAGGUCAAAAUCGGCCAAAAAUGUCUAUUCCAGUCAGGUGGGAUAAAGCAGGGUUCGUAGCGGUCUUUGAAAUCCUUGAAAGUCUUUAAAUUGGAAUGCAGGUCUUUGAGGUCUUUGAAAAGUCUUCAAAUUGUGUGAAAAAGCGAAGAAAGUCUUUAAAAGUCUUUAAAUUCUUUAGUGAGGAAUUGAUUAUACGAUUUCCUGGCUAAUAAAAUAGAUUGAUUGAAGCAAGAUUUUUGCAAAUAUCGACGAAAAGGUAUAUUUUAGGAUGUGAUUUGACGGGACUAAUUACUGGGUAAAAAUGGUGCUUACACUCGCAUUUUUUCGACAGCUGGUUGCUCUCAAAGGUCUUUGAAAAUAGGCAGAAAAAAUCUUUGAAAGUUUUUGAAUUUUUUUGGUCUUGGAGACUACGAACCCUUUACACAGCCUUCAUAUGGAAAAUUUUAUCCCACUUGAAAUGAGCACAAGAUGGGAUCUCGCCAAGCUGGGCUGGCUCGUUUUUCAUAUCAACACAAAUUGAAUUUUAUAUGCGUUAUUACAAAGGGCAUGCAGAUCUCACUCUGGUCAGUUUCUCGAUUAGUUAGACUUGUGUCAACACGCCCUUACAUUGCUUGGUCUUUUGAACUGAAAGCCUUCUAUGGUUCGACAACAGUGCCUCCUUUCUUUCAGAUCGCCAUUCAGGGGCGAGUGAUCAGGUGAAGAAGGACGAGGAAAUGUUAUUCAAAGAGGUAUACUUUUCCCUUUCUUGUGUUAUUCCAAGAACGCUUAUACUGAAACUCCCCAAGAAUGUGGGACCCCGUUAUUGCAUGGAGAUUAUCUCUGUGGUCAGUCCCUGCAUGCCUGUACUAUGUGUAAAUUAUGUAAUAUUUGAAAUCCGACUAUGAGGACUGGACUGGACUUGAAAUCUAGUCCAGUCCUCGGACUGGAUCAAUAUACUUCACCAGAGCAAAAUAAAGCAAUAUGGUUGGCUAAUUUACUCAUAAAUUAUUAAUGAGUUCGAGAUAUAAUAUUGUGUAAUGGUUUAGUGGUAUUGGUUUGUGUGUGGCGAAUCUUGUAAAAUAAAAUAAAUGCACGAGUUUCAAUGAAGCGAUGGUGGUAAUAUUGCAUGACGACAAGAAAAAAUAAAACCUACGUAUAACUAUAUACAAGUAGCAAAUGUUGUUUAGCAUGGAACAAUGAUGAUCUUAAGUUAAUGUUUUCAUCUGCAGGUAAAUGAGGCAUACAGUGUUCUGUCAGAUCCACAGAAGAAAGCGAGAUAUGACAGAGGCGAAGAUAUAGAUGGAAAUGGAUUUUCAACUGCAGGUGAAGAAUUAUAGAUGUUCUUGUCUAAUUACAGAAAGCUAAGGUUGGGGAAGCAAUUAUCCUUGCUAAACUCAAACGUGGGGCACUUGUGACCCAUGAUUAACCCCACAUUAAGGUGGAAUGGAACGGUUAGUUUGUGGUAAGGAAUGAAAAUUGAAGGCCCGGAGAAAAACCUCUAGAAAACCGAUUAUAUUUAAAAAAAUUAUCGACACAAGCAAAAAAUUAAAAAAAAAUAUUCGUACAAGUUGAAAAAGCCCCCCCCCCCCAUCACUUUUCUGAUGGUCCGCCCCUUAGCUGUUCUUAUUUAAGUCAAAACAUAAUUGGUAAGAAUUCGUCCACAUCCACCAUGCAAAUCUUGCACAGUAUUUCAAUCUUAGUGACGCCAUCUUGAAACUGUUGUGUUUAUUCUUGUUAAAGAUUUUGAUCCGAAUACAAUAUUCCAAGCGUUCUUCGGCGGAGGUGUCGGUGGAUUUCAUUCAAACUUCGGUGGACGACGCCAAGGCGGCGGCUUUCCCGGACACGAAUUUCACUUCUCGUUUGGUUAAGGUAUUAUCAUUCUAUUACCGAGGUCAUUAUCACAAUAAUAACAGACACUUGCUAGAGGUAACUAUGCGGUUAUGCGAUUUGACGAUGAAUAAUAUACUUAUAGUUUUAUAACAGUAUUACAACACACAUUGGCCGUGGCGUUCUGGAAAUGUACCGGUAUCAUUAAGGCUUAGCUGUGGUGUGAUAAAUGAGGAUUCCGUGCAUUAGGUAUUGAUCAUUGAACUGUAUAAAAUAAAGGUGCGAUAACUCCAGAUAAAAUGCGCUUGUAGGUAUAAAACACCCGCGUGGCCUUCGCGGUUUUCCGAUCGAUGUUUUUCAAUUUUUGCACGUAAAUGCUCAUUUCAGUGGUAAUUAUAAAGCCCCUUUACACGAGCAAAUUUUAUUUGACAAAUUUAAUAUGACAAAUACAUUUGAUCAAAAGUCAAAAGCUAGCAUGCUAGCUUUUGUUCGAAUGCAUUUGUCACAAUAAAUUUAUCACAAAUGUAUCAUCUACACGAGCAAAGUAUCUUUGACAUAUGAAAAUUGUCAAAUAAAAUUUGCUCGUACAAACGGGGCUUAAAUACCCCACUUAAAAGCUAAAAACUAUAUGAAAAGGUAUAAUUAGCCUUUUCCCAAAAGAGAUCACAGUGCAUUCUGGGAUCGUUUGGAGGGACAAAAUAUAUGGUGACAGGCGUCAAAUAGGUGAAAGAGUAGAAGUAUCUACUAUCAAAUAUCAACUUUUUAGACGGCCGAAAAUGAAAUAUCUUCUUUUUGUAUUAAACUUUUAAAAAUUUAAAUGUGUACUGCCAUAUUUCUUGUCUCUCCAACGUGGGAUUUGCGCGAUUAGACCCAGGACUUUGGGAAAUGGCUAAUUGGUGUAACUGCAGUCCAUAUUAUUCUGUGUUCAUUUCAAAUCCCUCAUACACAUUCCUGAAAAACAAACGUUUGCCGGUGUUUCUCCGCGGGGUUUUUUCUGAACAUGUUUUUCACUCGUCAGAUAACGUGUUUAUUUAUAAUGAAGUGUUUCUAAAAUUUGAUUAUUUUGAAAGACCACCUGCUCUAGUUUCUUAGGGCCUCGGUAAAGCCGGACUUGGAAAUAGUUUUAAAAUAUAGUCUUGAAACUUCUACAUGAAAUGAUGCCGAUUUUUCGUACUGAAUUUAGUGAAUUUUCGCGUAGGGGUCCAACUUCGUACAUGUUACAUGGUCUUUCCUCUUGGCGAGGGGAGAAAAGACGAUUAUCUUUUCAUGUCACGCAAUCACAAAACCUAAUUCAAUCCCCAUUCCUAAACCUAACCUCCUAACCAAUCCUUUUUCGUGAAUGCGUGACAUGAAAAUGUUUCCCAAAAAGACCCUCCCUGGUACACGCUGGUCACAUGAUCUGCUAAAAUCUAGCAGAUUUUUUAAUUCGCAAUCCAAGAUGAGGUCAAUAAAUAUUUGAUAUUUGGAUAAUUUUUAUAGUUUAAUUUAUAAUUUGCUUUUUGUAUGAUUGUCGUAAAGGAAUCCAAGAUAGUUGAUUAGAAAUCUGCUAGAUUUUAGCAGAUCACGUGACCAGCGUCUACCAGGGUCUUUUCUCCACAAGAGGAAAGACCCUGGAUACGAGGUUGGUAGCGGCCUGGGGCAUACCUACAAAACAGGCGGCCUUUCAAUUUCCGCCAUCUUUGACUUCAAAAACAAAGCCGGAGUUAUCGUUCCAGUUUUUAUAGAGUUCAUUGGUAUUGAUAGAUUUCAGUAACAGCAUACACUGGUCAACAUUUGAAUUGUAAGAGCAGUCAUCUCUCAAUUCAAUUUAUUGCCACCAAAUAUACAAGACAACUGCACAUAAUGAAACCUACUUAUUAGAAAUCAAUUCGAUUUUAUCCAUUGAGAUAUUGCAAUAGUUCGCAACAUCUAUAUAAAAAUAGCCUGCAAAGCAGGCGUUUUAGUUUUUGGCCGCAACCACCCAGACUAAUUUAUCUUAGAUCAAUCAAUACGGUGUUUUGACUGAAAUUUUACUGUUUAUUGAAUAAUAAUCUGUGAAAUACUUGUGAAAUACUAUAUAGAGUAAUAGAUUGUGUUUUUUUCUGUUAAAAUGUGCAGCUUCGUAAAUUCUAGAUAUUUGUCAACUCAGAAUAAGACACAAAAUUCAAGGUUAUAUUUCGACUCUACAGGGUGUAUAAAAAAAACUGAACAGAUUUGAAGUUGCUCUCAAUUUCGCAAAACAGCUCGUGGUAUGAAGUUUUUGUUAUAUAUAGAUUCCUCGAGUACCCACAAUGUAGAAUAAUGAAGAAAAAAAAUACGGGAGCUCAAAUUGUGUAAACCAGGGGGUGUUUCUUUUCCAACAAACUAAAAAUGGCUUGCGAACGAAAUUUAAAAGCUUUAAUCGUAUUUUAAGUUAAUGGAUGGAAAAUUUGUUGGGUUUUUCAUUACUGUACAAAAUUUCAGACAAUUUGCUUUAGUUUAACCUUUAACUACUCAUUUUUUCCCUAAAAAAUCAGCCUUUUGCAUGCUUAAUCAGCUUUUACCUAAUUUGCAUAUUGCUGACAUAUAAUGCAAAGGCAUUAAUUAAAUACAACAGUACUACAGUUCUAUUGUACUAUAGUACUAUGGUACUAAGGUGUUACUGUACUUGAAUACUAUGGGACUGCGGUACUAUGGUACAACAGUACCUAGGUACUACUGUACUAGGAUACUAUGGUACUACUGCACUAGAUUACUAUGGUACUAUGGUACAACAGUACUAGCAUACUAUGGUACUACAGUACCAUGGUACUAUUGCACUUUAGUAUAAAUUUCCAGGUGACUAUUGAUUUUUCUGCAUUCUGAUUGGUCAAGAUUGACUGUCUCUGAAGUGAUAGUCACUGGUCAGUGACUAUAGCUUUUUUUUCAAAAUGGCUGUUCGUUUUGCCGUAGUAACAGAGGAGGAAAUUGCCAAAAUUAAAGAAGAUAGCAUUCCGAAAAAACCCAAACAAGCUACAAAAUAUGGUUUAAAAAUAUUUCAAGGUAAAAUAUUAAACUUUACGUGCUUUUAUUUGGAAAACAACUGGCUUAGUCGCAACGCGACACAGAGCCGUGUCUGAGAUUUAAAUUUUGUAAACAAACUAUUUAUAGUGAAAAUAAAUUUAUUUGUAGUGAAUUUUUAUAAAGUUGUGUGGAUUAUUUUCUGUAAACACCUGGAAAUUUAUACUAAAACAAUUAGUCGCCUCAGGCUCGGUGAUUACAAGCCUAUAUUCACUUCGCCUUCGGCUCAGUGAAUAUAGGCUUGUAAUCACCUCGCCUUGGGCGACUAAUUGUUAAAUGGUACUAUUGCACUAUGGUACUACAGUUUUAUGUUACUACAUUCUAUGGUACUACAGUACUAUGGUAUUACUGUACUUGAUUACUAUGGGACUGGGGUACUAUGGUACAACAGUACUAGCAUAUACUAUGGUCCUAGAGACUAGAGUACUAUGUUACUACAGUACUAUGGAACUAGGGUACUGUGGUACUACAGUUCUAUGGCACUACAGUACUAUGGUACCACAGUAUUACUGUACUGUGGUGCUAUAGUACUAUAGUAUACUAUGGUACUAUAAUACUAGCGCACUAUGGUACUAGGGUACUAUGGUACUAGGGUAGGUUAUGGAAUUAUAACCUAAUAUUCUUUUGUUAGCGUUCCUCUAACAUGGCUGCUUGGAAGUGCAAACCAAACAUAUGUUUGUUACAAUGACUUUGACAUGGAGUCGAAUUUUGUGUCUUGUUUUCAUUAGCUCAUAGAUGUUGAUAUUCGGAGUAUGUUUUUGUUUUUCAACAAUACUCGGUAACUUCCAAUGUCAAAUUUCCCAUGUUCAGUAACUCAAUAGAUCAUAUGCUAGAACUUUUAAUAGCAACACAUAAUGGGCUACUCCUGUUGUCUUUCGGUUCCGGAGUUGUUAUAUGUGAGUUUUUCCUGGUUGGCGGUGGCUGUCUUGCAUUGCUCGUCUCACAUUCAACAUCGCAUUUGAAAUUCCUUGUUUGUGUUUCAGACUUUCCAAUUUCCUGGCGAAUUACACUUUCUUCAUGUAAACUUUUACUGAACUCUUUUUCACCAGGCGUUUCAUCGACAGCUGUCAAAACAGGUGUUAAAGUAUCGCUCUGAUUUGAAGGAGUAUAUUCUUCUAACUUUCCACUCGUGGGUUUAGAGUUAAACCUUCUCUCGCCGCCUAAUCUCUUCUUGCUUUUAUUAGAAGCAUCUGAAAGUCUGCAUUUUUGAAAUUCUCCAUUCGCCAGUUCUAAUAUCCUUAGUUUAUUUUCAUUCUCAAUAUUCGUCCUAUGUCCCACAUUUGGUAUACAAGGCAGGCUUGGUAAUAGCAUAUCAUAUGUUUGCACCUUCCUUGAGUGUGGUUUAUUAUCAUAAAUAUUUGUUACAGAGUAAUCUAUUUGGAUUGUUUGCUGCUCUGGCUGCUCAUAUGAUGGCGUUGAUUGUGGCAUGCUUCUAUGUGGGCUUUCAAAUUUUGGUCUCAAAUUUGCUCUAUCGUCCUUGGUCUCAACACAGAUUUCCAUUUGUUUUGCAUUUAAAGAGAGCGCUGAUUUCUCGCUCUGUUUUGCCAUAUGCUCAUGUUUUUCAAAUCUCCAUUUUUGUUUAUAUUUCGUCCCUCGUUCGUCCCAAUUUUUGUUUAAUACAAUCGGCUUCCGUCUAGGAUAUCUGAGCUGUUUUAAACGUUCCAUCGCACCAACUAAAUGUUUCUGUUCCUUUGUAAUAAGUUCUGAAUCGAGCUGUCUAAUCCUUUCAAAAUAUACUGUCUGCUUCUCGCAUCCCGUUCUGUUAUCUUGAAACCAAUAGAACUGACCAUCAUUUUCUGGUCGUCCGUCGUAGAAUAUACGUCUCAUGAGGUUCAAUUAUUUAACCUAAAUUUUUCGUUAUAUAGUUAGCAUUUGUAUAGCCAAAACACAUUGUAUAAAUAAUAUGGUUUGUUUUACGUAGUAUAGUCAUGGCAACUAGAGGUAAUUUAAUCCGAGCAUUUAAUCCUUGCCUAAUCCACAGCUUCUGUUACGAAAUGCAAAUAAAUGUCUAGUGAUCUGACAUUGCUAUGCCCCCCCCCCCCCGGUCUAUACUGAACGUUCCCUUUGACGACGUACAAUCACCUGAGGGUGCGCAUAUCUGACAAAACCUG